AUGGUGGAAAUUGCUCGAGAUCACCCAACAGCGUCUAGGAGACGUAAUGUUAUACUUUCUCAAAAAGUGGCUAAGAGACCUCGACGCACUCGUAAGACUAAGGAUCAAGGUAGUGGAGUUAAUGAACAUGACAUGAAUGACAUAGGUGCUGCUCUAGCAAAAACGAUUGAGGUUGAAAACGAUGGGGGCAAUCAAUUUAAUGUGAGUGACAUAGGUGAUGAUUUGGGGGAUGAACCAAUAGAUAUGGGUGAUGAACCAACAGACAUGGGUGAUGAUCCAGGUGAUGAACCAACAGACAUGGGUGACUAUGAAGACCAACUAGCAGAUACAAUUGAAAAAGUUAAUGAAGAUCUUACUGGACCUUUUCCUGGAGGGCCAUAUGAUCCUUCAAUUUUGAAGAGUUUCAUUGAACGUGGAAUACUUAAAUGCUUAAAUCAUGGUUUUAAAGUUGGAGAAUGGUCAUUCAACUUGGAAGAUAAUGAACAGUCCAAAUUUCAUGGUUUAAUUAAGGAUUCGGGGUUGAUUUCUUUAGUGAGUUGCGCCUACAAAUUUGUAAACAAAGUUGUAGUUUCGGCCUUUGUAGAAAGAUGGCAGCCAGAGACAAACACGUUUCAUCUACCAUUUAGUGAGAUGUCACCAACCUUAGAUGAUGUUAGUGUAAUUCUAGGGAUUCCAGUGAUUGGUAAAUCAGUCUCUUGCAAGAAGUUAUCAAAUGUUGACGCUGCAAAUCUACUAGUUGAGGCUUUCGGAGUAACAAUAGAUGAGGCGAAUGUAGCGUUGAAGGUAGCAUGGUGCCAGUCUAUCAAGGUAGAAUGGUUGAGACAUCGGUUUGGGUCAGUGUCUGAUGCGGACAAUGAUAAUACCAUUGAGUGUGCAGCUAGGGCAUAUUUGUUAUAUUUGUUAGGUUGUACCUUAUUUGCAGACAAGACAGGCACACGUGUUCCGGUAGUGUAUUUGUCUUUUCUUAUGGAUUUGCGGUCGGUUGCUUCUUAUGCUUGGGGUGCAGCUGCAUUGGCUUUUUUAUACCGGCAAUUGGGUACUGCCACAAGGUAUGUCGUAAAACAGAUGGCGGGAUACAUGACAUUGUUGGAAGCUUGGAUUUACGAGCAUUUUGUUGGUGCUAGACCCCAUCCCAAUUUGGACUAUAAAGAAGAUCAGCCUCGUGUCUUUCGUUGGAUUUCUCGCACCCAAUCUGGUUCGUCAACGUCUAUUUUACAAAGGUUACGAGAGGACCUCGACAGAUUAGAGGCCCAUGACGUAACGUCUAUUUUACAAAGGUUGCGAGAGGACCUCGAUAGAUUAGAGGCCUAUGACGUUAUUUGGGAUCCAUACCAUGAUAACCAUAUUAAGCAUCUGUUUUUUGAUGUUGCUUACUAUAGUGGAUGCUUAAAAUGUAUGCACAUUGUUGAACCAUACCAUCCAGAUAGGGUACUGAGACAGUUUGGUAGGGUGCAAAUUAUUCCCUCACCUCCGCUUGCUCCAGUUCGAGCCUCUAGAGGAUCCACUGCAAAACAGUACAUCAUCGCCUAUAAAUACUUGGAUACGAUUUGGGAGAGUUGGGAAAAUCACUUGUUGUCUGAGAUAGGUCGUAGUGUUCUAGUCUUGCAUCCAUGGGAUUGUGUGCCAGGUUACUUGGACUGGUUUACUUCCAUUUCACAUGUGCAAGUUCAAAACCCGACACAUCGUUCUAAGUAUAAUCCACGCACGGAGACAUCAGCUGAUUAUCGUGAACUUCAAUUCGUAUGUCAAUUCGACUCAAAAUUUCCUUGA